UAAUCAUAGAUGUAGAUUUCAUCAACAUUUUAGCCAAUAUAACACAAAUGAGAUAGCUUUGAAACACAAACCAGAAGAUAUAAGUGAAGAAGAUUGGAAGUUCUUGGUAGAUUAUUUCUCAAGUCCUGACUAUAAGGCAAUCAGUGAAAGGAACAAAGUAAAUAAAGCAAAACAAGUUAUUAAACAUAGAUGUGGAAGGAAGUCAUUUCAAGCUGUGAGCUAUGAUGCGAGAGAUCCUGAAACUCAAAAAGAGCCCAACUUUCAAGACUUGUGGCGAAUGACUCACACAAAUAGCAAUGGAGAAUGGAAAGAUGAUGCUUCUAAGGAAAUUCAUACAAAGGUUGAAGAAGCUUGUUCAGAACUUGCAACAGCCGAACAUGUUGACGGUGAUAAAGACAUGCUUGCAAAUAUUGCUUUUAAAUCAGUUGUAGGAGAGAGAUCGGGUUAUAGUCGUGGGUUAGGAGCUGGAAUUAAACCACAAAAGGGAAAAGCUGUUACAGGUUUACAUGAAGAAUUGAAAAAGGAGUGUGAAAAGAGGCAUGAUAUGGAAAUGAAACUAAAAGAUGUAGAGACUCAACUCCAAGAAGAACGAAAAAUGAGGGAAGAAAUGACAGCCAAGUUUGAAGAGAGUCAAAGACAAAUCGGAGAAGAAAUGGAGAAACAAGUUGAAGCAAAAAUGGCUAAUAUGUUUCGCCAAAUGCUGAAUUUUCAAGGUGGACAAUCUUCCGGUGUACUGAAUAUAGAGUCUGAAUCUAAUCACAGAGCUAAUAACAUGACUACAGACAAACCUUCAAGUAAUGGUGUUUCAACUACUUCACAAAGAAAAGUUCGAAGCAAAUAUAUAAAGAAGAAUUGAGAUUGUUGCUAUUGUGGC